CAUCUCCGCCCUCAAAACUAAGAGCACCACCGUAAUCGCUGCUGGAACAUCCAAGCAGAUCUCGUGCAAAGGUACACCAUCCGCUAUACAUUCACUUAUUACCGCAACCUCAUUGCUAAAAAAAAAAUAUUGUAGUAGGCGGCACCGGCGGCACUGUCGUCAACAUAUCCAAGAAAAGAACUCGAUCAACGUUGAUGGCAACAUUCUUUCGCAGUCGAUAGACAACGUUUACAGCGCAUGCAUGCAUGCUACGGCGGCUCGCCCUCCAAGAAAAGCUGGGGAUACCAAGACCGUCUUCGCAUUUCCAGCGCUUUGCCGGUAGAUACGUCUUGGUCCCAGGGCGCUCAGUGCUAAGUCAGCGACUCAACUGCAGUUCGUCCACGGCAUCAGAUGAUCACGACAUGUGCGCGCCAUGUCACAACCCUGUGGCUUCUAGCUACGAGGGAUACAAGGCCGGUCAUCUAUUCGGUGAUUCUGGUUAAGGGGGUUUGAUUCUUUUCGUGUUACUUCUUUUUAAUCCCUGUCAUAUUUUCCAUUCAUCUGGACAUCAGUUAUAUUAAUGCGGCCUUGUCUACGACCGGCUACAGCUUUGAAAGGAUGUAUAUGACUGAGUCUUUUUUAUAGUCUUUUUGUAUAUAUGGUAUGUUGUUGUUGUUGUUGUUGUCCAAUUACUCACACUCCAUUUGAACUCGAUUUUCUGUUCUCCCAUCAACAACCUGCUAGCCUUGGAUAUAUUCGCCUACGAUUAUGAAAUUAACGGGAUAGAUAGUAGGUUAACUAAAAAAAAAAAAGAUAACAU